UGCACAUGCCCGAUUUGUGGACGGAUCUGCAUUCAGUGAAGCUGAGUCAGGCAAGACCUACGUGGGGUUUGCAGUAGUGAAUCAAAUCGAAACUCUCCUGGCGGAUUCAUUGCCAGGACAUUUACCAGCACAAGCAGCAGAGCCAGUGGCGUUGACUGAGGCAUGCAAAACAGUGGAAGCCAAGCUCACAGAGCCUUCUACCAGAGGAGAAAGCUGUUUGGAAAAAGGCAGGCGCACACACAAAAGAAGGGGUACGACCCCAAUGAUAAUGGCUGCACCUCUGGCUGGCACCAGCAUUGAACAAAUUUCCUCCAUUAUAAACACAGGAAGAAAUGUCAGCAUUCAAAUUAACAAUCAAAGUGCAAUUUAUACCUUAAAACACCCAAGGGUCUUCACCUCCAGUGGAUAUCCUCUCAGUCCUCCACCACCAACAAUUGCAAGAAACAGCAUCGGAGCAUGCACCUUUACCAAAACCUCAAGUUCAUUCCGGGGUUCUGUGGGGGUCCUGACUUACCAAAUCCUCGACAUUGAGGCGCACACUCCUGGAAAACUCGUUAUAAUGUUCUCUGUACCUUUUGACUAUAAUAUGUAUGAAAACUGGUUUGCUCUUGGCAUUUUUGAAGAAAAUAUAACAUGUGAUCAGGAUCUAAUGUAUUAUGAGAAGGGCUCAUUUACCCGAAGCAAGGGUACAGGGAAUGAGAUCAGUUAUUCCCAAAAAAACAUGCGAGUGAACGGAACGAUGUCUCCUGCAGGCAAAUCUGUUAUGAAGGUUGAAUUUGAGGACCAGUAGUCUAGCGACCUUAUACCAAAACCUAAGAGGCAAACAGACAGCCACAUACAAACAGACUGUCAAACUAGUAUGUGGACAAACUUGGCAACUGUUACUAUGAUGUGCAAACAAUUCCCUAUUUAUCCACAGUUAAUCAUUAUGUAAAUUACUUUUUGUAUGUUAGACAAAUUUACUUUUUAUUUCAUUUUCCAACAAACUCUUAUUCCAGUCACUUAAUAAAUUGCAACCGCUCUUCGGUGGGUAAGAAAUGUGAGUAGAGGUAAAGUGUGUU